AUGUCUCCACCUGCGAGCUGCGACAUCCUAGUAAUAGGCAGUGGCAACGCCGGGUUUAGUGCAGCCCUCUCAGCCGCACAAAUAAACCCCAAAGCCGAUGUGAUCAUCAUCGACAAAUGUCCCGCAAGCUGGGCCGGAGGAAACUCUUACUUCACGGCCGGAGCUUUUCGUACCGCGCACAAUGGGCUUUCCGACCUCCUGCCCAUAGUCAACAACACCACUGCGGAGAAAGCAUCCCGCAUUGACAUGCCCAUCUACUCCGAGCAGGACUUCACAAACGACCUUCUCCGCAUGACAGGCGGCCGCACCCAUCCUGCCUUAUCAAAGAUCCUGGUGCAGGAUUCCCGUUCUGCCAUUGGCUGGCUCGCCCAGAAUGGAAUUCGCUUCCAACUGUCAUUCAACAGACAGGCUUACGAGGUAGAUGGCCGGAUCAAAUUCUGGGGUGGUCUUGCAUUAAAGACCCAAGAUGGUGGCAGAGGUCUCAUGGAAGAUCACCUCGCCGCUGCGAAGAAAUAUAACAUUCCUGUGUUCUUCGACACGCCCGCUACAAAAAUUUUGACAGACCCUACCACCGGUGCGGCGAUCGGAGCUGAAGUCCUCCCUCACUCUUCCUCUGGUACUCCUCACAAACAAACCAUCCGAGCCGCUGCCGUUAUCCUCGCCGCCGGUGGCUUCGAAGCCAACCCACAACUGCGAGCACAGUAUCUUGGCCCCGGUUGGGAUGCUGCACGCGUCCGUGGAACACCAUAUAACACUGGUGAUCUCCUCCUCAGUGCACAACGCGAUGUAUCUGCCAAGGUCGUGGGCAACUGGUCCGGUUGUCACAGCGUCGCAUGGGAUGCUGAUUCCCCCGCGCAUGCUGGAGACCGAGAAGUCUCCAAUGAGUUCACGAAAUCAGGGUACCCACUUGGUAUUAUGGUAAACCGGGAUGGAGAACGCUUCGUCGAUGAAGGUUCAGACAUGCGGAAUUACACCUACGCGAUGAUUGGGCGACGGAUCCUGGCCCAACCCGGGCAAAUUGCAUUUCAAAUUUGGGAUGCGCGGACAACGCCUUGGCUACGGUCCGAGGAGUACCGCCCGGAAGUUACUAAACAUUUGACUGGAUCGACGGUUGACGAGCUGGCAGAUGCGUGCGUUCAAGCUGGGUUGAUGAACCGUCAGCGAUUCCUGGAUACCUUGGCUGAGUACAAUGCUGCUACUCGGGAGGGAAGUCAAAAGUGGGAUCCCGCCGUGAGAGAUGGGCUGGGGACAGUCGGGUUGGGGAUUCCAAAGUCGAACUGGGCAUUGCCGAUUGAUAAGGGACCUUUCCUGGCCGUGCGAGUGACGUCUGGAAUUACAUUUACUUUUGGAGGGCUCGCUGUCAAUCCAGAAACAGCGGCUGUGAUUUCCGAGACCACGGGCGCAGAGAUUCCAGGUCUGUACUCAAUUGGAGAGAUGCUGGGUGGGAUCUUCCACGACAACUAUCCCGGCGGAAGUGGGUUGACCUCUGGCGCCGUCUUUGGACGACGGGCUGGGAGGGCCGCUGCUGGGAUUAUUGCUGCGAAGGGAGCCAACAGGGAGUCUAGACUGUAA